AAUUAUCCGGAUAAAUAGCCCACGGCACUUGUAGAUCUGGAAACCGAAACCUCAUAUAAACAAACUACCCUAACUAAACUAAAGGCCCAAAAAGUUCAAAAGCAAAGUGCUUUUGUAGACGGAGCUUUCUAGAGCAACUGCUACUGCUUGUGAGAGAGUGAGAGAGCAAUGGAGAAAGAGAGAGCUAUAGCGGUGGUGGUGCUUUUGUGCUUGGUGGUGGUGGUGAACCCAGAAGCAUCAGCUACGAGAUAUAUGGUGGGAGGGAAAAUGGGUUGGAACAGCAAUGUCAACUAUACAAUUUGGGCUCAGGAUAAGCACUUUUACAAUGGAGACUGGCUCUUUUUUGUUUAUGACAGGAACCAAAUGGACGUUCUAGAGGUGAAUCAGACCAACUAUGUCUCGUGCAAUGCCGAGCAUCCCGUUCACAACUGGACCACGGGAGCCGGAAGAGACGUGGUUCCACUGAAUGUGACAAGGCACUACUACUUCAUCAGUAGCAAGGGGUUCUGCUAUGGUGGCAUGAAGAUCGCUGUUAAGGUUGAAAACAUGCCUCCACCUCCCAAAGCUUCCCCGGUGAAGAGCAAGAGCAGUGUCCUAACACCUACCUUCAGAUCCCAGUUUGUUUUGCCUGCGGUUUUCGCCAUUGGCGCAAUGUGGGACGCUUUGGUUCGGCUGUGAAGGCAUAUGAUCCUUAAACUUAUUCGCUAAACAGUGUGGAUUAUCGAAAUUCGCUAAACAGUGAGGAUUAUCAAAAUCAAAAUUAGACAAUUCUUCUAGCUAAGUAAGCUGAGCCAUUGAUUUGGGAAGCAACUUGAGAUUGUCUUCCACUUUACUUGGAUUUAAUUUUUCUUUUGGUUUUUGGGGUUUUGAUUUGUUGAUUUGUUGGUGUUGUUUUAGUUUCACCUUGAUGGAGUAGAAGGAGGACAGUCGUUAUGAUUGAGGAAAUUUUUAAGUGUUCUUUUCA